AUGGUAAUCGGCAGUGACCUAAUCCCCCGAAUUCCCCUACAAGGGCUGCAACAAAACAUAAGCAGAAGUCUCAUAGCGCAGAACACGAUAUUUGGAUGGAUUCUGAGCGGCCCAAUCCAGGAGAAGAUCUCUACCUUUACCACCCAGGUAACCGAACCCCAGGAGGAAUCGUUGAAUUCACUGCUGAAGAAGUUUUGGGAACAGGAGGAAGUAGCUGUCACGCAACCCCGUUCAAGUGAAGAGGACUUCUGUGAGGACCUGUAUCGACGCACAACAAUCCGGCAGACAGAUGGACGAUACAUUGUGAAACUACCCAUCAAACACGAAUUCCCAGACUUCAUGGCUCUAGGACACUCUCGACUAGCAGCGCAGCAGCAGUACAUCAGCAUCGAAAGGACUCUGGAGAAGAAACCUGACCUCUGCAAAAGGUACUCAGAAGUUCUGGAAGAAUACAUCACCAUGGACCACAUGGAGCCCACCUCAUCCCAAGAAGUCAUCAAUGGCGGUAAAUACUUCUCCUUUUAUUUACCGCACCACGCUGUCAUAAAACCAGACAGCAAAACAACAAAAGUACGCGUAGUCUUCAAUGCUUCCAGAAUAUCGCACUCUGGAAACUCAUUGAAUGACGUGCUAUACACUGGACCAACCCUUCAAAACGACUUGAUGCUCAUCAUUCUUCGAUGGCGCCUCUACAAGUUCGUUUUUAAUGGCGACAUCGAAAAAAUGAAUCGCCAAAUUCUCGUCCACAAGGAAGAUCAAGACUUCCAUAAAAUCGUCUUUCGUAGGUCCCCAAAUAAGCCCAUAGAAGAUUUUAGGCUGAAAACAGUCACCUUUGGCGUCAAUUGCGUUCCCUAUCUGGCAAUCCGUACGCUUCAUCAGUUAGCGCAGGAUUGUCAGGACGAAUUCCCGCUCGCCAGCAAUAUCCUCCUACGAGAAACGUACGUACACGAUAUUCUCUUAGGCGGGCAUAAUAUACAGUCCACUAUAAGCUCAUUAACCCAAGUUAAAGACGCCCUAAAAUCUGCAGGUUUUCCACUAUGGAAAAUCACCUCAAAUCACACAAAAAUCCUGGAAGCAGUCCCAGAUUCCGAGGUCCUUAAUGUUGAUUUUCUCCAGUUUCAGGACACUAGCUUUACAAAAACGCUAGGCAUAAAAUGGAACGCGCUAACGGACUCCUUCUCUUACACGUACGAUCCACGAUUAAUGAAAUUGUUAUUCCCCGCUGGGUGCAAUUCUCCCCUACUCACCGUGUACAAGUACACGGGUUUUCAGACGCCUAUGAAAAAGCUUAUUGAGCCUGUGUCUACCUCCGAGUACAAAUUGACGGAAACUCCUACUCGUCACACAUACUCGCAGCUAAAAGUAAGGUAG